AUGGCACCCGCUUCUUCGACACACAGCUCGCACCCGUCGAGCUCGUCGCAGCCGGGCGGGCGACAAUACCACAACCAGCAGCAGCAGCAUGCGACCGGCGAAUCGAGAGGCAGUGCAGGCGCUGCGACACCGAGGCACGAGCGCACGCCAAAUACGCCGAGGAAGGAGAGCAAUGGCCGGGAGAGAGCCUUGCAGGACCCAGGCCUGCGGGACUACCGGCUCGGCGAGUGCUUAGGCAAGGGCGCAUUCGGCUCCGUCUACAAGGCCAUUCACUGGGGCACUGGCGAGGCAGUGGCUGUCAAGCAGAUCAAACUGGUGAACCUGCCGAAAAGCGAGCUGCGGAUGAUUGAGGCGGAAAUCGACUUGCUCAAGAAUCUGAAUCACGACAACAUCGUCAAAUACAUCGGAUUCGUGAAGACUACCGAUUGUCUGAACAUUGUCCUUGAGUACUGCGAGAAUGGCUCGUUACAUUCGAUAUGUAAAGCAUACGGCAAGUUCCCAGAAAACCUUGUCGGUGUCUACAUGACACAGGUGCUUCAAGGACUCCACUAUCUCCAUGAUCAAGGUGUCAUUCACCGUGAUAUUAAAGGUGCCAACAUCUUAACGACAAAAGAUGGAAAGGUCAAGCUGGCGGAUUUCGGUGUGUCGACUAGUACUCUGGCUGGACCAGACAAGGAGGCACAGGUCGUGGGCACACCGUACUGGAUGGCGCCCGAGAUCAUCGAGCUAUCUGGUGCCACACCGGCAUCUGAUAUAUGGAGUUUGGGCUGCACUGUGAUCGAACUCCUACAGGGAAAGCCUCCAUACCAUCACUUGCAGGCAAUGCCAGCCCUGUUUGCGAUUGUGAACGACGAUCACCCACCGCUACCGGAAGGCGUUUCCUCGGCGGCACGCGAUUUUCUCAUGCAAUGUUUCCAAAAGGACCCCAAUCUGCGCGUCUCUGCGAAGAAGCUGCUCAAGCACAAUUGGAUAGUCGGAUGCCGGAGAAGCGAUGCUCCUGUCGCGAAAGCCCCGUCCAACUUCAAUCAGGCCGUCGAGGAAGUGAAGCAAUGGAACAAGGCGCUCACUUCUUCAGAGUCCAAUCUACGUUCCUCCACUGGCUCGGAGCCCGGAGGCAUGCUGCAUCAUUCGCAACAAACAGCACGAUUCGGCGCACAAGAACCUUUGCGGUCCAGUGCCAAUACGCCUGCGAAGGGCCCGUUUUCUUUGUCGAAGCCAAGGCCUUCCGCUGGGGACUUUUCAGCACCUGAAGCUGCAGACGAUGACAACUGGGACGACGAUUUCGCGACCGCCAUCUCGCCAACGGCAUUACAACUUCCUCACAUAAAACCUCAAGACCACUUUGGCGGCAUGUUAUCAGCAGAUCGCUUAAAAGCCUUUGCGUCUAUUGAUAGUUCUCGAGACUUUUCCGGCUAUUGGCCAACCGAGCACGACGAUGAAAUGACAGACUUGAGCAGAUUCGACCAAUAUCAGGACGAAGAAUCACAGGAGAAGACUAUUCGGCCGAGUCGGACCCGAUCGCCUGCGAAAGCGCCACUACCUCCCACAAGGUCUUCACCACGCAAAAGAUCUGCUGACGAGCAUAAGCGCCAAAAGUCGUCACAAUUCAGGUCAUCUCUGGUUGGUAAAUUUGAACUACCUGCCAGGCCUGAUGUAGUGUUCCGAGAGCAGUCGAUCGAGGAUUACUCGGACCUUAUCGGAGAUGAUGACGACGACAACAUCUUUGGCGGUAGUGUCCUGCAACAUAAGAAGCAGGAUGCGCCUCAAUUGUUCCACCCGUCUGAUUUGACGACAUUACCAAAGUCAACACAAGGACUUACCACUGGUAGUCUUCGGCGGCAGACGAGCUCCCGGCCAUCGAUACUUCCGGACCGACCUCUAGAACGAUCGCUGUCCGCGAUUGAGAUUCAGAAAUUCGCCGAAGACGAUGAAGAAGACUUCUCAGAUAUCCUAGGACCUGACCGUGUCUUCCAAGAGAAGGAGGAGAGCGACAAAAGCUCUGAGGACGGAAAUAUCAUGGUCCUCUCCAGAAUCAGUAACAGCUCCUGGGCAGCAGAAGACGAGGAAGAGGACGACCCGUUCGCAUCCAUGGAUCCUGGCUGGGAUGAGAUGGACCUCGAGGCCAAUAUCGCUAGAGACAGACAUGCCCGUCUCGCAGAGAAGAUUGAGGAGCUGGUUAGGUCGAUGAAGAUGACCGAGGGCGAGGACAAACUGGAGUACCUCUCGGAAGACCUGCUCGCCAUGCUGUGGGAGAACGCCGAGGUCAAAGACCUCAUAAUCAGCGCCCACGGGUUGCUUCCUAUACUGGAAGUGUUGGAGCCGUGCAGUGUGAAGAGCCGGCAGCCGAUGAUUCUGCAGCUUUUGAAGGUUGUCAACACAAUCAUUCUGGACGACGUGGAGCUUCAAGAGAAUCUCUGCUUCGUUGGUGGUAUCCCCAUCAUCACGAAGUUCGCUGCUCGCCAGUUCUCGAUCGAAAUCCGCCUCGAAGCCGCCGCUUUCGUCAGGCAGAUGUACCAGACCUCAACACUGACAUUACAAAUGUUCGUUAGUGCUGGUGGUCUGAAUGUCUUGGUCGAGUUCCUGGACGAGGAUUAUGACAGCGCAAGAGACCUGGUCUUGAUUGGCGUCAACGGCAUAUGGAACGUCUUCGAGCUGCAGGGGCCGACGCCAAAGAACGAUUUCUGCCGGAUAUUCUCAAGGAGCAAGAUCUUGGACCCUCUGGCAUUGGUUCUCUUGCGAGUGCUCGAUGAGGACACAGAGGACGAGUUAACAGAGUUGAUCGAAGGUCGGAUAGUGAAUAUCUUUUAUCUCUUUUCUCAAGCGGAGAACUACGUCAAGGAGAUGGUGGCGGAUCGCCAAGUCCUCAAGGUCGUUCUCAAAGCACUCCGGCGCAUGACGCCAGCCCAUCAGAUCACGAUGCUCAAAUUUAUCAAGAACUUGUCUAUGCUCUCAACGACUCUUGAAGCACUCCACUCAGCGGAUGCAAUAGAUUUCCUUAUUGAAUUGCUCAGCACCAGCAUGAAGAAAGGACACCCCCACUUCCGGGAGAUCUCCAAUCAAGUUCUCAACACAAUGUUUAAUCUCUGUCGUUUGAGCAAAGACCGCCAGGAGUAUGCAGCGGUCAACGGCAUCAUUCCUCUGCUUAUGAAGAUCAUGAAGACCGACAGACCACCGAAGGAAUUCGCGCUGCCGAUCUUGUGCGACAUGGCGCAUUCCGGGAGCAAAGGGCGCAGGUUCCUGUGGCAGAACAGAGGUCUCGACUUCUAUGUCUCUCUCAUUGCGGACCAGUACUGGCAGGUGACUGCUCUUGAUGCCAUCUACGUGUGGCUGCAAGAAGAGACGGCAAAGGUCGAGGGCUACCUGCUGAACGCCAAUUUUACGGGCGCCAUAAUAGCCUGCUUCAAUACACCAAAGGUCAACGCCUUCGAUCCCAACCUUCUUGAACCUCUGCUCAAGGCUCUACGAUUAUCCCCAUCGCUUGCCGCUUCGUUGGCGAAGGCUGAAAUGUUCAGCGGACUUGGCCAGAAGCUUGGUCACAAGAAGGCUGUCGUCCGGCUCAACCUUCUCCGCUUGGUUCGCAACAUUCUGGACGCCCGAGAAGCCGACUACUUUUCUGCUGGUAGGGACAGGAAAUUGCGAGGCCUUCUGGACGAGAUCCAAACGCUAGCGGAUAAAGACCCAGCCGUUCUCGUACGAAACCUUGCAGGCGAACUUGUACGUUCGCGCAUUGGCGGAAGUCCGAACAACAGCCUGCCACUACCGGCGUCCAGUGCUUCCUCUGCAGGAUCCAGUCGGUCGCGCUCCGGUCCCAGACGCAUAUAUACACCACCUUCUUUGCAGUCUGCCAACAGUGUUCCUCUUACUCCUACACAUUCUCACAGGCCUUCGCUGCCUACCCAAUCUUCAACGUUUAUCGAGGUUGCCUCUAGUCCGAAGCGAUCUGCCGUAGCCAUGACGCAUGAUCGGGACGCAGCCCUGUACCGCCCAAGGAGCAGGGACGGGUCAGGAAUCCCCGUAAGUUCGAUUCCUCGGCGAGUAAGCGGCGAGAUAGCCGUCGUGACGCACUCGCCUGGCCACCGGAGCCGCCUGUCACGCAAUUCCAACAUUUACAAUCCUUCUCGGCCGAGCCUCAGCAGCGCCGGCCUCGGCUCCCGCAGUGAAGGAGGGCUAUCGGGCAACAAGGACAACACCGCCUCCAGCGACGGGCGGCCAUCGUUCCUAAUGAUGUCCUCAGCCUCCAGCACCGCGGGCAGUUCCCGGACGCCCGCGAUCAACACGGAUCUGCCAUUUAGGACUGGUGACCCCGGUACCCUCAACAGCGCUGCAUCGUCGACCGCAUCCUCGUCAAGCUCGCGCCCAUCGUCAUCCUCGCGCCCAUCGUCGAGCGGGUAUCUAGCCGGUAGUGGCGUUAGUGGUGGCAGCGGUGGAGGUGGUAGUGCUGGCAAACGACGGACGCGUGCGCCGAGCGAUUCCCGGCGAUGGGGGUCUUGA